AUGAGAAUUUUAACCGUCUUCAUGCGAGAUCCACGUCAAUUUAUUGAAAAGCCGUUUAGUAGAAACAAAAUUCUUGGACAGGUGAUUAUUUCGCCUUAUACUUGUAGUUUCGGAUUAACUUUAAAAAAGCAAGUGGGCGAUGUUGCGGAACGAACUGUUCGGAGCACUCCAGACUGGAGCGAAAUGGCUGUCAAUGGAGACCACCUGUGGGUACCCACGUCGGUUUCAGGAGAUUUUUGUUAUGUGGGCGAUCCCGAUUGCACGAAGCAUGGCCAUCGUAUGAAGUGUUCGGCAUGUAACGUGAUCGCGCAUCAAAGUUGCGUUCCGAUACUUACCGACAGAGUGCGCUUCACGUGCAAGCCCACGUUUCGAGACGUUGGGGUCAGGCAGUAUCGGGAGCAAACUAGUGUUCAACAUCAUUGGGUCCAUCGUCGAUCUGAGAAAGGAAAGUGCCGGCAAUGUGGAAAGUCGUUCCAGUCAAAAUUAUCGUUUAGUUCCAAAGAAAUAGUUGCACUGAGUUGUUCGUGGUGUAAGGCAGCUUAUCACAAUAAAGAAACUUGCUUCAAUAUUCAACGAAUAGGCGAAGAAUGUAAAUUAGGUGUACAUAGUAGUAUAAUAGUUCCUCCCUCGUGGAUAAUUAAGUUGCCAAAAAAAGGCAGUUUUAAAUCUAGUCUUCGGAAAUCAAAUAAGAAAAGGGCUUCCAGCAAGAAAAGGAAUAAGGAAAAAGACAAGGAUCACCGAGCCUUCGUUAUUAAACCAAUUCCUUCGGCUACUAUUACCCCCGUUAUUGUUUUCAUAAACCCAAAAUCUGGCGGAAAUCAGGGAGCGAAGUUAUUGCAAAAGUUUCAGUGGUUGUUAAACCCCAGACAAGUAUUUGACCUAACGCAGGGUGGACCAAGAAUGGGAUUGGAGAUGUUUAAAAAAGUUCCUAAUUUACGAGUACUAGCCUGCGGCGGUGAUGGUACUGUUGGUUGGGUUCUAAGCAUAAUAGAUCAAAUUGGAAUAGUUCCACCUCCAGCGGUUGGUGUCUUACCACUGGGAACCGGAAAUGACUUAGCUAGAGCGCUUGGAUGGGGUGGGGGAUAUACUGACGAACCAAUCUCAAAAAUUUUAUCAAAUGUUAAUAACAGUGAAACAGUUUUAUUGGAUAGAUGGUCGUUGGUUGUAGAGAAAAACGAAAACGCUGAUCCAAAUGAGGAGGGAAAAGACAAUUUGCCUUUAAGUGUAGUUAACAAUUAUUACUCUCUUGGUGUCGACGCUCAUAUCGCUUUAGAGUUCCACGAGGCCAGGGAGGCUCACCCCGAAAAAUUUAACUCACGAUUGAGAAACAAAAUGUUUUAUGGUCAAAUGGGAGGAAAAGAUUUGCUCAAAAGGAAAUGGAAGGGCCUCGCCGACUUUGUUACUUUGGAAUGUGACGGUCGUGAUCUAACCCCGAAAUUAAAGGAACUCAAAGUCCACGCGAUCGUAUUUCUUAAUAUUGCUAGUUAUGGUGGUGGCACGAGACCAUGGAACCGAGCGAUGGGUACCACAGAACCUAGUACGGAAGACGGUCUCAUAGAAGUUGUUGGUCUUACAACAUAUCAGCUUCCAUUACUUCAAGCUGGGGGUCAUGGAACGUGUAUAACUCAAUGUCGGUCAGCUCGUAUUGUCACAUCGAAAACAAUACCUAUGCAAGUUGAUGGUGAAGCUUGCAAACUCAACCCUUCCAUUUUAACUCUUACGCUAUUAAAUAAGGCUGCAAUGCUUUCUAAACGAAAGGGAGGAAAGCCCAACGUACCACAGACUGCUUUGGACAAUCUUAAAAUUAAUAUACAUAAAAUUAGUAUGAGUGAUUACGAACAGCAUCAUUAUGACAAGGAUCUUUUAGCUCAAGCCGCAAUAAGUAUCGGUGCAAUAGAGGUAAAUCCGGCGUCGGAUUUAGAACAAGUACGUGCGCAAAUUAAUAAAUUCGUGGAAGAUUCUAGGGAUGUGAUAAAAUUGAAUGAUUGGUGCUUUUUAGACUCGUGUACUGCAGAACGGUUUUUCCGAAUCGACAGAGCUCAAGAAUAUCUUCACUACAUCUAUGACGUUGCGUACGAGUUGCUUUACAUACUGGAAUGCGGCGGUGGAACAGUGCCACAGACUCCUGAUGAUGAAACCGCCGUUCCUUCACCUAGCUCUAACCAUCGAGCGCCUUGUGUUAUACCAGAAAUGAGAAUUAGUGACGAAGGUAGCUUAGAUUCUCCAAGUGAUCAUCCUCCAAUGUCACCAAAAGCGGCUCAAUCUCCAGAUGAAUCGGGCAUCACCACCACUCAAAUUGUACCUGUACAUAAACAAAAUGGUGAAAAACCUCAUUUAUCAAGUGACACAAAUGUUAAAAUUAGAAGCAUUGCUGACAGGUUAUUUGGUUUAAAUCAAGAAUGUUACAGGCCAUUUAGCAACUUGGAAGAAAGGCCUAAUGAUGCGUUACUAAAAGCGGCGAAAGUCGGCGAUUUGCAACUGGUGAAACAGCUUCAUAAUGAAGGAUUUUCGCUACUGACGACAGAUUCGGCAGGUCAAACCGUCUUACAUUACGCGGCAAGGUAUGGACAUAAAGACAUAGUGAAGUACCUUUUAGGAUAUGGACCCUCAACGUUACUGAAUUUUCAAGAUAACAGUUUAGGGCAAACUCCAUUACACAAAGCUGCAGCGUAUAAAUCAAGAGGGAUAUGCUGCAUGCUGGUGGCCGCCGGUGCUGCCCUGGAUAUUACCGACCAUAGAGGUCUUACGCCUCGACUGUUAGCGCUUCAAGCUGAAGAUCACGACCUAGCAGCAUACUUUGAAAGUCAAGAGCACUUUCUUCAGAUGGUUUCUAACGAUCUGGAGACCUGCGUAUAAAAUCAGCAAUAAUAAUUAUACUUCUCUAUUUAAUAAUUGAAUAAAGUACUCCUUCUCUUCGGUGAUUGCCUUAUUAAAUAUUUCGAUGUAGAUUAAACUACGAAUAUUGUGAUAUUUGGAUUUGUGCGUGUACACACCGCAAAUUUGUGAAUCUCCCAAAUUUUAUUAUAAAUGUGUACUUAAACAUUGUUAUGACUUAUGAGAGAUAUUAUCAAGUACCUAAUUAUUAUCUACUCGAAUCUUUUUUCACAAUUUUUAAUUCUACUUGUAUGUGAAUACAUAUCAUCAAACAUUCCAUGAUUUCUGUUUAUUAGUACAAUUUUUUGUUUCGUUGAUAAUUAAACAGCUUUUAUAACCAAACUUGUAUAUUCCUGCAAAUUGCAAUUUUCGUACAGGGUAUAAAAUGUUUGUUAUAGUUUGCAUGUUGAUUGGAAUCUUUGUCAUUAUAUCUAAUUCAACUAAUUUGUAAACUGUUGUAAAUAUGCCUUUCAACGAACUUUCCAGAAAAGACAAUCUAUAGUUGUUUCAAAUUUUAUUGUAAAUAUACGUAUAGGAUAGGUUAUUAUUGUCAAAAUUGAUUUCUCAUAAUACUAUAAUUUUACAAUUUAAAACUGCAUUAAAGCAUCUAGGAUUUGAGAUUUUAUAAAUAGUACCUUGUAAAUAAUAGACUUAAAUGAAUUUAUCGAUGUAGAUUUUAUAUUUAAUAAUGAAUAUUUAUUUUUCAAUAUUUAUUGCAUGUAGGUGUAGUCAAAUGGUGGAAUAUAUGGACGAAAAUUUAGUGAAAGAAGUUCAAUUACUUGUAGCGCUGUCCUUGUCAAUUAGAUGCAGUUGGCGAUUUGUAACUCAAUAAUUCCAGGUUAGUUCGUCCAUACAUUACAUCGUGUUUUUAAUAAGUUAUUGAUAUUAAACAUCCAUUUAUGGAUAAAAAUCUCGCUCGUUAAAUCUUUCACUAGCUAGCUAUGUACAUUUGUACAAUUGUGAUUUACAAUAUGAACUUGUAAAUGUAUAAUGUAUGAUCUAUUCCUAUAGUUUGGUACCUACCAGAUCACAAAGCAAUUGGGUUGAGUGUUACACAUGUAAGGAUUUCACUUUGAUGUUGGGUUUUAUCUCACGUUAUUCCUCUGGGAGUAACUGUGUAGGUACAUUUUCUCAUCGACUCAUUUGAUUGGCUUGUUUUUGGAUCCCAAAUUUUUUCGAAUAUAAUGUAUACCUAGGUUCUGCUCAUGUUAUACGACCUUAACGCGACCGUGCGUACGUAUCUACUCGACCUUAUGAUAAUACAUAAAUAAUAAGUACAGGAUAUAAUUAACUACAUAGAAUUAGAUUUAGUUACCUACUUAUCAUAUCUGUAAACAACCAAAACACCAAAAUUCUUUGUGGUGUGCAAUUACUGAUAGUUUGAUAAUUACCUAUCUGCCAGCAUUACUACCUACCAUUGUUUAUGAUAUUCUCCAGUAACUGUAUUGUAAUUUUUAUUUAAUAUUUUAUAGUGUCUCGUCACAACUUGUCCUAACCUGUCCAGUUAGUUAAACCAAGGGUCCAAGUGUGUGUCUAAUUACAUUAGGAACGUAAAUCUACUUAAACUUUAAUAGUACCUCAAUCAGAUUCAGUACUCACUUAAUAUGCUUUUAACAUUUCAAUUUUCCGCCGAUCUAGCAUUACAUAAAUUAUGUUUAACCGUUUGGGAGCUAAUUAUUAUCAAACUAAAUGUCUAAGUUUAGCUUGUUGGUUAGAUUAGUAGAUAGUUAAGCACUGUUACUUAAAUUCUUUUUGAAUGAUGGUUGUAUUGAGAAAAGUUGUUCUAUUCUAUUUAAA